CAACAAAGACCAUCUUAGCUCGCAGUAAGCAAUCUCCUCUUUUGCCUUCAACGACCAGCCUUUCGUCGCUUUGAAACUCGCCAAAGCAACGAGAUCUCCUGCCCAGCCCCCUCAUGCCCAUCUGCCUCUCAUACUACCCGUUAUAAAAAAUCCAGCAGUCCAAGCCAUAUCCUUCCCAGUUGCCACUUCGCACGUCGCUAUAUAUCUCCCUGGGAGUCAAGGCUCCUCGAGAAAGCCCUGUCGUCCCUUGCCAUUAUCACCUUUGGUGGCCCCGAAGAUUGGGCAAACCGCGCCGACUCUAGCACAAUGGGGCCUAAUGAGAGGUCCGUACAAUCCUCGGAGCCCGAGGAUGUCAUCGUCCUGGGCUGCCAAACGCCCGCUGAGCAUCCCGCGAUGCUAGCGAAGCCGCGCCGACGACGACGGGCUCGGAAGGGUCGGUGCUCGGCGCCGCCGCUUGGUCAUGAUGGCCAAGCACAGGCACAAGACCAAGACCAAGACCAAGCCCAAGGCCAGGGCUCGGGCCCCAGCGAGGGGCCACUCCGAAGGCAGCCCGGUGCACAAGAAAAGAACCGAACCUGGGAGGGACGGCCGCCGAUUGGCUGUCCCGACGUACAGGGCUUCUGGGGGUCCCGGCUGCUCGCCGCACUCCUCGCCAGUGCUCCGGGUCUGAAGUUGGACUCGGGCUUGCGGUCAAGGGAAAGAAGAAUCAGCUCAGCACUCUCGACGAAUAUCACCACCGAGCACUACUCCAUCUGCAAUGGCACCUUCCAACUUCAAGACGUACGAGGCGCAGCCCCGGCUGCUCGCUGCCGUUCUCGCCAAUGCCCCAGGCUUGAGGUUAGACCCGAGCUUGCGACCAAGGGAAGGAAGAAUCACGUCAGCAAUGGGAGUGUCCCGCCACUAGCUUGGUCGUCGCGGUCAUUGAAGUAUGGUAAUUUGGCUUGGCUUUCUUUGUUGCUUGUGGUCAAGUUUCUUUCGCGCUUCCGUCUGGCUUCCUCUGGUGUCUCGGCUAGGUCUCCUUUGGUGCUUUAG